AUGUCAGAUGCUUCUUUGUUGCAGCACGCCUUCCCGGACCCUCAGGCCGCUUUUCCCGAAAGACGAUUUGUGGAACCUCCCAUCUGUGUCUGGCCUGAGUUGCCACUGCCUGAACCUUUGAUCAGCUUCAUUGAGGCGCUUUGUGGUCAACCGGCUGUUUGGACACCCUGCUCCUCCGCAUCGGCCUCUUCACAAGGUCAUUUCCUGAGCUACCAGAGCACUCCACCCUACGUGAAUUCUUUGCUCCGUGAGGUUGAGGACUUGAGGGUCCUAGAGAAGUUAGCCAACCAGCAAGUCGCUGUGCAGCAGAGCGCUUCUUCUAGCCCAUCUCUUACUGGCGUUCAAACUUGGGAAGAGCGCGAGAAGAUCAGCCGAGAAGUUGGAGCUUAUCUAGUGCGAGCUCUCUCUGGCCAACACCGUGGAAGCUCUGGACGGGACAAGAUCAAGCUUGGAAGCCGGCUCUACAUCAUUGUCCGAGAUUUCAUCGGCAACGUCCAUGUGAGCCCAGUGCGAGUGGUUUACCGUUUCUCUGAGGUCAAGCAAGCCUGCAGCCGAGGAGGAGAUUGGGGUGAUUCCAUUUUUGUUGGUUUUCCUUCUCAGCGAGAAGGCAAAGUUUGCGUAGGCAUAGCCAGUGCCGGAUUUUCCUGGCCUGAGUCUGCUUGA